CAGGUGCUUCCCCGCAGGAGGAAGAAUUCCCUACCCGAUGGCGUCCAUCAAGAGCCCCAAGCGGAGCCCAACAGCAAGCACGUUUGCGAGUUAUAGCGGUCUUAAGAACAGUCUCACGCUCAAGCUAGUGUUCCUGGCCAUGUGUGCAUGUGCCUUGGUGGCUGCCGUACACUCUCCGGAAGACGAUGGCGUCGAUGUGAUAGGCACUGCAUUGCGAGGGGAUCAUGGACCUCGCCAAGCAAAUAUAAUGGAACCUUCUGCCCUUGCCGUGGCGGCACCCCCAGUUGCGGAGGUGCCGCCCGGCCCGGCUCAAGACAUCACCCCUGAACCCCCCCUUCUGUUCCCCGCGGAUGCGCAGCUCCAAGAUUUGACAGGCGCCCUCGUCAAUGCGAACGAGGCGCUGGCCAAUCGGUCGGUCGGUUUGUAUUUUGGGGCAGGCUGGUGCAGUAUGACCCGCGCGGCAAAUCCAGGAGUGGCGGCGUUUCUGAGGCCCAGAGAGUCGGAGGGCGUGACGCUGGUCUUCGUCUCCUCAGACACGAAUGCGGAGUCGCUCAAUGAGCAGCAAGCAUCCAACUUGUGGCCCUUUGCCGUCCCCUUCGACAGCCCCCUCCGCCUGUCUCUCAAGGAGUUGUACGGCGUAUGGUCAAGCCUGGAGGUUGGGAAAAUUCCUGGCAAGAGGCGAUCGGCAAUUCCGACAGUGAUGGUCGUGGGGAAGGAUGGAACGGAGCUUGCGCGGUUGGAAGUGGGUGCGCGGGGUAUAAGUGAGCUGGACCGAUGGAAUUACUUGGAAUGGAAGUGGGAGUGAAGUGAAUGAAGGAACUGGGAAUUGGAAGCACGACUACCCAACAGGAAUCACGAUAUGAAGGAAGGAAUUCAGAAAAAUA